AUGUCCAGUGGAUUGAAAGUUUUUAAGAAGACCUCUCCCAAUGGCAAAUUAACCAUUUACCUGGGGAGGCGAGAUUUUGUGGAUCAUGUGGAAUCUGUGGAGCCUGUAGAUGGAGUUGUCUUGAUCGAUCCGGAGUACCUGAAGGACAGAAAAGUGUAUGUGACUCUCACUUGUGCAUUUCGCUAUGGCCGAGAUGACCUGGAUGUAAUUGGCCUGACCUUCAGAAAGGACAUCUAUGUCCUCAGCACACAGAUUUACCCUCCUGUGCCAGACCAGGCACCCAAGAGUCUUACUACGUUGCAAGAAAAGCUGCUGAGAAAGCUAGGAGAGCAUGCCUAUCCCUUCACUUUUGAGAUGGCGACCAAUUUGCCCUGCUCUGUCACUCUCCAACCAGGGCCAGAUGAUACUGGGAAGUCUUGUGGUGUGGACUUUCAGGUUAAAGGAUUUUGUGCUGAUAACUUGGAAGAGAAAAUUCAUAAGAGAAAUUCAGUGCGUUUGGUGAUAAGGAAGGUCCAGUUUGCACCCAAAAACCCAGGUCCUGCACCAAAGUCUGAGACUACUAAGCAAUUCAUGAUGUCUGAUAAGCCCCUGCAUCUAGAGGCGUCACUGGACAAGGAGAUUUAUUACCAUGGAGAUCCAAUUGGGGUUAAUGUUAAAAUUAUCAAUACCACCAGCAAAGUUGUAAAGAAAAUCAAGAUAUCAGUUGAGCAAACUACAGAUGUGGUUCUCUAUUCUCUGGACAAAUAUACGAAGAUUGUAUGUUCUGAGGAGAUAACUGAGAAUGUGGCUGCUGACUCUACUUUGUCCAAAAGCUACUCUGUGACCCCCAGCUUAACCAACAACCGUGAAAAACGUGGCCUGGCACUGGAUGGCAAACUUAAGCAUGAGGACACAAACCUGGCUUCUACCACCAUUCUGCGACCUGGAAUGGACAAGGAAGUGCUUGGGAUUCUUGUGUCCUACAAAAUCAGAGUCAACCUGAUGGUUACCAGAGGAGGCAUCCUGGGAGAUCUCACUUCAAGUGACAUCGGUGUGGAUCUGCCACUUGUUCUGAUGCACCCCAAACCUACAGACAGUACACCGAGUGAGGAGGAUAUUGUGAUUGAGGAAUUUGCUCGCCAGAAAAUCAAGGGAGAGCCAGAUGAUGAGGAAGAGAAGGAAGAAGAGGACAAAGAAGAAAGCUAA